GAUAUUCUGAAAAAGAAACUCAUAGACCUCAUAUAUAUCCUGGCUUUACUGCUAAAUCACAUUGGAUACUAAGUGAAGAAAUGAAAAGAUUUAAUGAAAUUGCGCGUAUUAAAAGAAUUGAAUUUAUUAAUGCAAAAUUUAUUAACAAAACAUCAUUAGGCAUUUGGCAUCUAAUUCCAGUAAUACUUGAAGAGGCAAAUUGUCAAAAGAAUGAGAAUUCUUUAAAGAAACCACAAAUUUUAUUAAUAAUUAACUCUUUAGUUUCUCUUUUAGGUAAUUCAGAUCGAUCUCGCUUUCAUGGUUUAUUAAGUAAAUCUUGUGACGACUCAAUAAAUAUUCUUUAG